AAUAUGACGCAAAAAGCUAUACUCAAUUCGUUCCUGACAAGGAAGGGUAAAUUGAAUGAAUCUCGUCAGUAUUGAAAGAAAAUUCAUAAAAUAUGCAAUUAAACUGGAUUUACACGAUAAAAUCAUGACACGUGUUUCCUACCAUGAAUCAAAAACAAGUUCCUGAGGAUGCUCUUUAAAUAGCAAAACACGUGAGAAUUUAAAUUUUCCGCUUGGUGAACUCGGAAAUAAAUCGAGAAGAAUGGAAACUUGGUUGAAGCUAUCCCUUUUACUGUGCGUUUUCGGGUUUUUCAAGGAAAUCAGGCCCUCCGAACACUACAUUUACGAAUUCCUGAGCGGGCCAUGGAGAAAUAUUACAGGAGAAGAAGUUAUAUCAGAAGUUUACCCAGUAGGGACCUACGGCUAUCUGGUUCUUUUGGUCAUAGUGUUCCUAAUAACCGAUUUGCUGAGAUACAAGCCGUUGAUAAUUAUUCUUGGAUUCUGCGGCAUUAUAUUCUCUUCUAUGCUGAUUUGGACAACGUCUCUAUUUGCUCUUCAAGUUUUAGAGGUCUUCUAUAGUAUGUUCAUGGCCUCAGAAGUUGCAUAUUACACCUAUAUUUAUGCAAAAGUCGAUAAGGAACACUACCAAGCUGUAACAUCGCACACUAGAGCUUCUUUGUUGUUUGGUAGAUUUUUAGCUGGGGUACUAUCUCAAGUUUUAGUACUUUACCACCUCAUGGACUACAAGGAGCUCAACUAUGUUACACUAGGAGCUAUGGUCUUCGCCACUUGUUGGAGCUUUCUCCUACCCCCGGUGAAGAACACCAUCUACUUCCACCGUGAAGAAGAAGAUCAAAUCUCCAAAAAAGACAGAAUAAGAAAAGGCGUUUCCCUAAUGCUUUCUGAAAUCAAAGAGUCUUACGCCAACCGUUACGUUAUCUACUGGUCUGCGUGGUACGCUCUUGGCACGGCCUGCUUUCUUCAAGUUCAAGUCUACAUGCAGCCACUGUGGCAGGAAGUAGUGGGCAAUGCCAACCAAAUCCACUACAACGGCCUUGUCGAAGCCAUCCUGACCUUGUUCGGUUUCCUUGCUGCCCUACUUGUUGGUUUCCUUGAAGUCGAUUGGUCGAAGUAUGGAAGACUCCUUCUGGUUCUCUGUUCGGGGUUUCAGGGCUUAAUAGUGAUAUGGGGCGCCACUACUCCCAACAUAUACAUCUGCUACUUCUGUUACAUCCUCUUCUCGGUGCUGUACCACUUCACGAUAACAGUGGUUAGUGCGGAGAUAGCCAAGAAGUUGAAGCUUGAUACUUUCGGUCUGAUCUUUGGGUUCAACACUUUUGUAGCCAUGAUAUUCCAUUCGUUGCUCACUGUUUUAGUAGUCAAUGAUGUCUUUGAUUUGAUGUUGUCCGUGAAGCAGCAGUACCUUGUUUACGGUUCUUUUUGUUUGGUCAUAAGUUGUGUUUACUUGGUUAUUUCACUUCUUUGGUGUUUUUGUCAUGAGAGGGGCCAAGUUGAGAUGAGAGAAGUUUAAAAUUUGUUGAUUUCAAAGUAGUUCAACAAAUUGGAGGAGAAGAAUCUUUCUGGUCAUAGUUUGUAAAGCUUAGACAAGAGGCUCAUUAGUGUUAUUUGUUAAAGACUGAAACAUUAUUUGAUGUAAUUCAGCUACUGCAGUAUUAAACUCGAUUAUCCUCAAAAGUAUUUUACGAUCAGUUUUUUUUUACAGGGUUUAGAUAUUAGUGAAUUUUGUUGAUUAGUGAUUACCUGUUUAACAUUUGGAGAUGUUUCAGUAAUAAAUAGUAAUUUUAGAA